AUGCAGCACUAUGGGGUGAACGGCUACUCCCUACACGCUAUGAACUCACUCAGCGCCAUGUACAACCUGCAUCAGCAGGCAGCCCAGCAGGCCCAGCAUGCUCCCGACUACCGGCCGUCGGUGCACGCGCUCACACUGGCGGAGCGCCUAGCCGGCUGUACAUUUCAAGACAUCAUCUUGGAGGCCCGUUAUGGCUCCCAGCACCGCAAACAACGUCGUAGCCGAACGGCAUUCACAGCCCAGCAGCUUGAGGCCCUGGAAAAGACCUUCCAGAAGACUCACUACCCAGAUGUGGUGAUGCGAGAGAGGCUGGCCAUGUGUACCAAUCUGCCUGAGGCCCGCGUGCAGGUGUGGUUCAAGAACCGCAGGGCCAAGUUCCGAAAGAAGCAGCGCAGCCUGCAGAAAGAGCAGCUCCAGAAGCAGAAGGAGGCCGAGAGCUCCCAUGGAGAAGGCAAGGUGGAGGCCCCAGCCUCAGACACACAGCUGGAGGCACAGCAGCCUCCCAGUCUGCCCAGUGGUGAUCCCCCUGCUGAGCUUCAGCUGAGCCUGUCGGAGCAGUCAGCCAGUGAGUCAGCCCCUGAAGAUCAGGCAGACCGAGAUGAGGACUCCCGGGCUGGGGUCGAGGAGCCUAAAGCUGAAAAGAGCCCUGGAUCUGAGAGCAAAAUGCUGGGCUGCAAGAGGGGCAGCCCGAAGGCAGAUUCCCCAGGCAGCCUGGCUAUAACUCCUGCGAACCCUGGGGGCAGCCUCCUGGGCCCAUCCCAUUCCUACUCCUCAUCCCCGCUCAGCCUCUUUCGUCUACAGGAGCAGUUCCGCCAACACAUGGCAGCCACCAACAACCUGGUGCACUACUCCUCUUUUGAAGUGGGUGGUCCGGCCCCCGCUGCCGCCGCGGCCGCAGCUGCUGCGGUGCCCUACCUAGGUGUCAACAUGGCCCCCCUGAGCUCCCUGCACUGCCAGUCCUACUAUCAAUCCCUGUCAGCAGCUGCUGCUGCUCAUCAGGGUGUCUGGGGGUCCCCAUUGCUGCCGGCGCCCCCCACAGGCCUGGCGCCUGCCUCCGCUGCCCUGAACAGUAAAACCACGAGCAUUGAAAACCUUCGCCUCAGGGCCAAGCAGCACGCUGCCUCCUUGGGACUUGAUACGCUCCCCAACUGA